AUGUAGAGAUACUAUGAAUCAGACAGAUUAUCACAACUUUCAUAACCAACAAAGAGAUCUUAGAAGUAUACAUAGAAUUAAUCAUUAAUGUUGAUGUCAAGGUAAUUUGAAUUUUGAGAGUAGACUGUGUGACAAUCAUUUUGAUAAAGACAUACAUGAGAAACCGUGGAUUUCUUUAGGAAUAUUUCGAUAUGAGUACUUAUAUGAAUGUUAUUAAGUGUAGUCGGAUGAUCAAAUACGAACACUCAGAUGCUGGACUGUCGUACACAAAUGUUAAAAUUAAGAAGUUACGAACAUUUUAAGAGUUAUGGGAAAAGAAUGAAGAGAUUCAUAAUAAGAGUGAAUAACAUUAAGGCUUUAGGGAAUUUAGAGAAUUCAAAGAUAUUUCUGAAGAAGAUGUGAUUGUUACAAUUGAAUAUUGGUAAAAGAGUAAAUUAAUUGCAGUACUAAUUGUCAUGAACAUAUGGGAUCUACAAAACAUGAUGAAGCACGUUAUCUUACAUAUGCCUAAGCCCUUAAGAAUGAGAUUAUCUAACGAUUUCCAAUUGUUAAAGUGAUUCUCAAACCAUUAAUAUAUGAUCAUUUAGAUCAUAGUAUAGACACCAUGUUUUUAUAACGUCGAUUAGGUAUUCUUUCAAUAGAAUUCACUUUAAGGAUGUUUUGAAGUUU